CCCGCCCCUCCUGGAGGCCCCGGGGAAGGGUGGGCGUGGCUUCGUGUGGAUGCGUUAUUAGGGUGAGGUUCCGGGCAGUGCACUAGUACUGUGUGGACAUCUCUACAGCCGGCAGCCAUGGCUUAUCAAGGAGGGGGUUACUACCCGAACCCAGGGUAUGGCGCUCCCCCGGGCGGUGGAUACCCGCAGCAGGAUCCCAUGUAUGGCUAUUUUUUAGCUAUUGCAGGCCAGGAUGGGCAGAUAGACGCUGAGGAGCUGCAGAGAUGUCUGACACAAAGUGGCAUGUCGGGAGGAUAUAAACCCUUCAGCUUGGAUGCCUGCAGACUCAUGAUCGCCAUGCUGGAUAGGGAUAUGUCAAGCAAGAUGGGCUUCAAUGAGUUUAAAGAACUGUCAAUGGCUCUAAAUGGCUGGAAGCAGAACUUCAUGGCCUUUGACGCGGACAGGAGCGGAACGAUUGAUGGACUGGAGCUUCAUCGAGCUUUGGGGACUAUGGGAUAUCGGCUAAGCCCCCAAGCACUGAAUAUACUGUCCAAAAGAUUCAGCACCCACGGAAGGAUAACCUUUGAUGACUACAUUGCUUGUUGCGUGAAGAUCCGAGCCCUGACUGAUGUCUUCAGGAGACGAGACACUGCCCAGCAGGGGAUGGUGAAUUUCAUGUAUGAUGAUUUCAUACAAUGUGUGAUGAGCAUCUGAAAAUGUGAAACCUCUGGAGACAGAUCAAGUAGAUUUUACCUGGGAGCGGCUCCGUUCUGUUCUUAGUCCUGGACAUCCAGUGUUCAUAGGGAGCCGCUUGUGUCUUUUGUACCUCAUUAUUUUUUAUUUUAUUUUUUUUGUAUUUUAAUAAAUGCAAAAUGUAUAGAGGCAA